UGUUUCAAUCAUAACCAUGGCUAUCGAAGACGGUCAGCUUAUCGCAGAGGAGUGGAAGGGCACCAUCGUAGAGACCGCCCAACCCGUAGUAGACCUUAACGGCUAUUCAGAAAAAGUUACAUCUGCUGAUAGCGAUGAUUCUAUUGAACAACACGACGAAGCCGUGAAGAGUCUUGGACGGCUCCUCAGACAACAAGGCGAUUUCCAAAUAGCUUGCCUUGAGAGUUUUAAACGUGCCACCGAUGGCUGUGCAAGUGGCGAGCGUUUGUUGAAAGAGUCAUCUCAGUUGAAGACGGCGUUAGACUGCAUAUGUAAAUACGUGGGUAUUGAGCUGGUUACUGCUGAGGAAGCUUCUGAGAUGUUUGUUGCGAACAUGAACUUUGCUUCUUAUGUGAUAUCCGCUCAAGAGUUCUUCAACAGUCUCCAUAGAUCGUUGGACUUGAAACGUGAAAUUGCCUAAUUCCACCACAAACACAUUCACUGCUUUUUCG